AGUGGACAGGCUGCGUUCUCUUAGACGCAUGUGUCAGAGAUGAGGGAGUGCUAAGCAAACAGGAACUAAACUUCUACACUGAUUGUUGACUACAGCUGGGUAAACGAAACUAGACCUGCGGGGAUCAGGGUUUGUGUAUAUUCAUCUUUUGAAAGACACCACAUGGAGCCAACAAAUCUGCAGAAAGCUAUUGCUGUAGCACAGAAAGCGUCAGAAGAGGACCAGGCUGAAAACUAUGAGGAAGCCAUCCGAUCCUACCAGCAUGCCGUAAAGUACUUUCUUCACAUUCUGAAACGUGAACCUCAAGGUAAAGAUGGCAACCAGAAGAUAAGAGACAAAUGUAAACAGUACCUGGACAGAGUGGAAGAACUACAAGCCUACCUAGCGAAUAAAGAGAAAGCCAUUGAUCUUGCCAGCAAGGCAGCUCAGGAGGAUAAAGCUCAGAACUAUGAGGAGGCUCUUCGCCUCUAUCAGGCUGCUGUUCAGUACUUUCUUCAUGUGGUAAAAUAUGAAGCGCAGGGUGAAAAAGCCAAGCAGAGCAUCCGGGCAAAAUGUGCUGAAUACUUGGACAGAGCAGAGAAACUAAAGGAGUAUUUGAAGAAGAAAGAGAAAGCUCCUCCUGUAAAGCCUGUUAAAGAGUCACAAUCUGAUGACAAAGGAAAUGAAAGUGAUGAAGGUGAAGAUCCAGAAAAAAAGAAGUUCCAAAAUCAACUCUCAGGUGCAAUUGUCAUGGAGAAACCAAAUAUCAAAUGGAAUGAUGUUGCUGGUUUAGAGGGAGCCAAAGAAGCACUGAAAGAGGCUGUUAUUCUUCCAAUAAAGUUCCCCCACCUCUUCACAGGAAAGAGAACUCCAUGGAGGGGGAUCUUGCUCUUUGGGCCUCCAGGUACAGGAAAGUCCUACCUGGCUAAAGCUGUUGCAACGGAAGCAAACAACUCAACCUUCUUCUCAAUCUCUUCAUCUGAUCUUGUCUCCAAAUGGCUGGGAGAGAGUGAAAAGUUGGUGAAGAAUCUUUUCACCCUUGCAAGGGAGCAUAAGCCUUCUAUCAUCUUCAUUGAUGAGAUAGACUCCUUGUGCGGUUCACGAAGUGAGAAUGAGAGUGAAGCUGCUCGUCGUAUUAAAACAGAGUUCCUGGUUCAGAUGCAAGGCGUGGGGAAUGACAAUGAGGGAGUGCUUGUACUUGGAGCAACAAACAUCCCUUGGACUCUUGACUCUGCCAUCAGAAGAAGGUUUGAGAAGAGGAUCUACAUCCCGUUGCCUGAAGAGCACGCCCGCUCCUUCAUGUUCAAGCUACAUCUAGGCUCCACCCCCAACAGCCUCAACGAAGCUGAUUUUGCCACGCUGGGCAAGAAGACAGAUGGAUACUCGGGAGCAGAUAUCAGCAUCAUUGUCAGAGAUGCUCUAAUGCAGCCUGUACGAAAGGUCCAGUCAGCAACCCACUUCAAACAGGUACGAGGUCCAUCAAGAGCUGAUCCAAACAUCAUCAUUGAAGACCUCCUGACUCCUUGUUCACCUGGUGAUCCAAAUGCAGUUGAAAUGACCUGGAUGGACGUCCCUGGGGAGAAGCUAUUGGAACCGGUGGUGUGCAUGCCUGACAUGUUGAGGUCUCUGGCAAAUACAAAGCCAACAGUCAAUGAGCAGGAUCUGGAGAAACUGAAAAAAUUCACAGAAGACUUUGGACAGGAAGGCUAGAUCAGAUGAUGGAGCCUAACCAAAGAAAAUAAUUGUAAUUGUCUCUUUACUGUCUUUUUCCCCUUUUUCUUUGUGUCAUCCUAACCAUUUGCUGGGUCUUGUGGGUUAUCUAAGAUGGGCAAGAUUACAACUCAGUUUAUCAUGUUUGAUAACCACACAAAGGGAAAAAAACUUGGUUUUAUUUGGCAUUCAUUAUUUUCCAAAGACCUGCCACAUAUAGCUGUUUUGAUUUAAGAAAUAACACCACCUCAGAAUAUGUUUUGACUCGAGCACUAAAGGUAUUGAAGAGCAAAAUACACAAGCAGAUCAGAGAAAUUAUGAAAGACAGUAAUUGCAAGAAAGUUAUUUGAAGGUGUAACUGGCUCUUAUGUCCACCUGACUAGAUAAUAAACUUGACAACUACACGAUAGACAUCCUUUUAUGUACUUUCUAUUUUUAUGAGGAUAAAAGAAGCAUUUUAUAGCAUAUACUGUACUUAGACCAAUGUAUGAACAUUGCAGUGUGGGUGAAAUGGCAUGAGUUCAUUAACCUUGUUUUGGUGAAAUCUGAGUGGACAUCAAAGUUAUUUAAGGCAGAGAUACUCGGUAUAAGAUAUUUCUUAAAGCCUUGUGAAUAUUUUGGACUGUUACUAGUUUCCAAACAAGUGGCAGAUGUGUUUACUCAUUCAUCAUCUGAGACUUGGAUCAAUAGUGGGGAAAGACCAGCAUUGUUUGACCAUUUCUCAAGUACUCAGAAGCUCUGAACUACCUUGCUCAUGUUUUUUUCACAAACUACUGUACAUAAUCAUUUAUAUUACAGGCUUUGCUGAUUAUCUUUUAAUGUAAAAAAGAAAUAAAGCCUUACAUUAUAUCUAAGUCAGAUUAUGAAUUUUGAUAAAACAGCAAUGGCAUGUAAAACAUGGACAGCAGUGGCUCAGGUGGAAAUACGACCUUGUGUAUUUAAAAACAAAGAAAUGCAUCUUCAGUAAUGAACCUAAAGUAGCCAUAAAUGGCAGUGUGCACCACGUGCCUUCUGAAAAAGAUGCACAACUUUUUCAUUUUUUUUUUUGUGAUAAAUUGGUUUAUUUUUCAAUUAAUCAUUAUACUAAUAUAUCAAGUGCUUUGUCACUACGACUAAGGAAUGUGCAGUUCUUGUACAUUUCAUGUUUGCUCUUUUAGGGACUGUAUACAACUUUAUUUUGUUGGCUCUUGAUAUGUGCAAUCUGUCAUUUCUUUUUUUUAUCUUUAUCAAUAGGAGGAUUGUCUCAUUUUAUUGUAUAUGUCUAUAUAUGUAUUUAGCCAACUGUUGAGCCUUUUUUCUUUGAGAAGAGGUAAACCAUGGAUUCAAUAUUCUGUUUUUCAUUUCCUUAAUGUAAAUAAAACGUAAGAUAUGACAGUA